AUGGCUGGAAUAGAGGGACUUGAUCUUACGAUCGAGUCGCUCAGGCUGCCUGACUUUAAUCCUCCGGGGAUUGAGGUCGACGACGACUAUGAUCCUGGGGAUCACUCAGUGAAGAUAACACAGGUAGACACGGGCGGUAAAGACCCAACCGCGUAUCAUCAUGAUCGUCCACGCCGGGAUAUGGAAAAAUACUAUAUGCCAAUUGAUGAAGCAGAGCUGUCUCGAUUAAACAAGCAACAUAAUUUAUGGACUAGGGUCCUAGAUGGUGACUUCCUUAAAGCACCGGUGAAAGAACCCAAGCAUGUGCUCGACGUCGCAUCGGGAACGGGAGUCUGGUCGACUGAAUUCGCGAAGUUACAUCCAAACGCACAGGUGUUAGGGAUCGACAUCACCAAAUCGGCACCGCCAGAGGUUCUACCUAACUGCAAGUUCGAGGAGAGGGAUUUCACGGGGCCUUGGGACUUCCCGCAGAAGUUCGACGUAGUCCAUUGUCGGCUCCUCUUCACGAUCCCAUACGACCCGCGGGUGUUAAUCCGAAAGGCGUAUGACUCGCUUGCCCCAGGGGGUUAUCUCGAGUAUCAAGAAAACUAUCCGUUUCUCUUGGACGUGGACGGUUCGCUUAAAGGCACAUUCUUGGAACAGUACUACUUAGACAUCGCACUUGCAUUGAGGAGCCUCGGGAACAAGCAUUCACACGAUGUUAUACUCUUCAAGAAGUGGAUGGAGGAAACCGGAUUCGAAGAUGUCGGGGAGAUCCAUCGUGCGAUGCCUAUGGGUGGCUGGGCUAAGGGCGAGUAUAAGGAUAUCGGUGUGAAAAUGCGUGAUAACAUAGAAGAUGCCUUUAAUAGUCUUAUGAGGCACCUGCUCGGGAAAGGAUUGGGUUGGUCUCCUGAGGAAGUAACCAAGAGUAUCCAGAGAGCGAGCGAGACUAUACGCGACAAAAGCGUACACGCUUAUUUACCUGCCGUCGUCGUUUAUGGUCGGAAGCCAUUGAAUACAAGCUGA